GCUCUUGUUGGGCGAUAAAAUAAAGCACGCUGUAGCGCAACGCAGCCCAAAGCAUGGCGUCAGUGAGAACUCUGGUCGAAGCAGUUUCGGAAACGAUAUUCCCCGGCCUGCACCUCAGCUGCAGCAGAUCAAGGGCGAUUGCCGUAAAGCACGGUGAGGAACUGUUGACCAGCUUGCCGCUGCAAAUGGCCGUCUACUUCAAUCUUUUCUACUCUCCACUGUGGCUCGUAUCCCGCUGUCUCGCCUUCUACAUCAAGGUGUCUAUCCUGUCGCUCACGCAGCAGACCAUCUCGGCGGCCAUCUUGAUUAUGAUGACAGCCGUGGAACCAGCACGGCUCUACCUGGGCUACGCAGGAAACCUUGGGGAGGAGAUGCCGGCGCUGGCGGGCUUCUGGCUGCUGAGCGUGCUGCUGCAGCUGCCCCUGCUGGCCUUCCUCGCUCUGGGCGGCGCCCGUCCUCUGCCUCUGGAGCGCGCCGUCGACCUGCCGCUGGCGCUGAUGCUGGCCACGCAGGUGGUCGUGGCCUUCGGCGUCAUCCGCCGCGUGACGCGCAGCCAGGCGCGACGCUUCCUGCGACAGGCGGCCACGUCCUCCGUGGAAGCGCUCGAGCAGCACCUCGACUGAAGUGUGUGGACCGCUAGGGGCACUCCUUGCUGUGCUUGACUGGGGUGCCUCGAUGCUAUGCUUGACUAACGCCUGACCGAAAUUCGGGCACGGCCGCUCGAUAAACGCUUAUACCGAGUGAUCAGGUGUGAAUGGUGAAGCGUGGUGUUCAAGAAUUGUUCCAGCUGGAUUGAAAUGGUAGUGUGAAC